AUGCAGGUCUCAUUUGCAGCAGAGGAUUUCAUCAUGGCGACUGCUAUGCCCAUCAACCCCAAGCCCUUCCUCAACAGUUUGACGGGGAAGCCAGUGAUGGUGAAACUGAAGUGGGGCCACGAGUACAAAGGAUAUCUGGUCUCCGUGGAUGGGUACAUGAACCUGCAACUCGCUAACACUGAGGAGCAUAUAGACGGAGCUUUGACUGGAAACUUGGGAGAAGUUCUGAUAAGAUGUAACAAUGUUUUAUAUAUUAGAGGUGUUGAAGAAGAAGAUGAAGAAGGGGAAAUGAAAGACUGAUAUCAAACUUUGGAUUUCUGAAGUUGUUUUGCAAUAUCUGCAACAAAUAGAAACUUACAAAGCGAGUGGACUGAUGCAUUGAGAAAUGCAAUUGGUACUUCUGUGGAUGAAAUGUCAACUUAAGUGUUAUUUGUGUAUUAUGAGGAGGACAAGAAGAAGACUGUGACUUACACAGGUUGAUAUGCCAUUUCAAAUUGAUCUGAAUUACCCCUCUGUUUUACCCCUCUAAACUAGUUGUCAACAAAUUUUACGGGGAAGUCAAUUGCAAAAUAGUAAGUAAUAUCACUAUAGCAGAAAUGUUUCAUUUGUUUAAAUUUUUUCCUUGUCAUAAUUAUCUUUAUUGAAUUUGUAUAAAUUUGCGGGCAACUAAUUUCAUUCUAGAAAAUUGUUCUUAGUGCUUAUAAUUUUUAAAAUUAAAUGUUUUCUGGCUGUAAUUGUGCUGUAUUUUUUUAUUUUCCUCCAAAGUAUUUUUGCUUGCUAUAAUAGUAGCGUAUAAACAUUGGAUGUGAAACUAAUUCCAAUGUUGAGAUUGCAGUGAAAGUCUUCAGCAUCUCCAACAAUAAAAAUCCUUUAUUUUUUGAAACAUUUGUCCUUCCUUCUGCCUGAAAACAACACUAG